GGCCCCAAAAAUAUUCGGCAUGUUCAAAAAUUUCUCGGUAUCAUUACAUUAUAAAUUAAAAUUAUUCAAUAUUAAGUGGCAUCUGCAUACACAAAUGCUAACAACCAUACACAUACAUAGUCUACUUGUAUAUUUCAAAGUUGUGUGAUAUUUGUUAAGACUUUUUUGGGGCACUGUAACUGACUCGAUACUGCCAUCUACUGAAGAGUGAAAGUUCUCCUCAGUCGAAGAAAUCAAAGAAAGCUACUUCACACUUCUAGAAGCAGAAAGAGAACUGAACAUUUUAAAGAAAUGGUGGUAUGCUAACAGGUCUUCACUGAAUUCAAGUACUUAGUUUAUAAUAUCUAAUCGACAAAUCGUUAAGCAUAGGACAUUUAGGAUUAAAAUAUUUUGUGUGGGGGGGGGGGGGUCAUGAUGGAUCAUAACUAUGUUGAAAAUCUAAUUAACAAAAAAAUUAAAAUGCAGCAGUAUUCUAUGAAACUAAGAAUAUGUUGAAGCUGUAAACCGUCAUGUUGUAUAUAUUCGAAUGAUUCUGGCGGAAUGUUUGACUGGCGCAUCUCAUUAACCUCUUUAUGACAUCAUACACAAUACUUCCUUCUUUUUCUUUUCACUAUUAAAGUGACGAACUUCUGACCUGAUCGCACUGAGAAGACAAAUUCGAAGUUUAAAGCAAUUUUAACUGCACAUUUCUGCAUUUUACAAUCUGUCUUACUUGUUCACAAAUCUGUGAAGAUGCUUCGCUCUACAAUCUCAAAUUUACCGUUUUUGGAUGGCGCAGACGACAUGUUUGCGACAACGAACAAGAGCCACUUCAAACUAGUAGAUGUCAGCGUCAAGUCGCAAAGAGAUGUUGUCCUUCAGCCCGUCUCACCACUCUUCCAGCGUGAAGACCAGAAAUAUCUGGCAAAGUACCAGAGAGAGACAGCGCUGUCCUUCCCGUCUCAUCCAGCACCCCCCGUCAUAGAGCCAAACCUGACCCACUUUAACCUGCACUCAGAGGACAGGUGUGGAGACUAUGAGACCACUCAAUCUGAGUUAAAGCCCCUGCCCAAGUAUGGAGCCAAAAUAAUUCGUCCCACCACUGCAGUCAGGACAAGUCUGCCGGAGGACAAAUAUCCUGAACCCACCUAUAGGUCUUCCUACGUCAAACAUAAAGUGUCCCGGAUCUUCAGAGCAAAGCAAUCGGCGAAAACGGGUGUCGGAUCGAGUCUAAUUAUGGACAGAAGGGACAGGUUCAGAUCCAGUUAUCAUGAGCAGUUCCAGUACAGAUGGUAUCCUAGUCCUCCAGAGACAGAGAAGCAUCAAAUUCCGUAUUCAUCUGUGGUGAUGGGAGACCGAGAAAAGACAUACAAACAAACAUAUUCCACCUCAUUCGGACAGUCAGGUGACCACAGCUCGGCUGAAUUCAAAGAAUGUCUGCUUCCCAAGAUCAAGAAAUCUCGGCGCAUCAACCUUCGGGAAGUUCCUGAUGACAAAUGGACAACAAACUCAUCUGAAGAAUUUCAUGCACACAAAUGUGGCCCUGUUCACUUCGAGCGCAGAUGCCCGACUCUCAGCUCUGUGUUUAAAGGAGAGACGCUCACGUGUGACCAGCAGAGACUGUCCACAACAAACCAGUGCUUCUUCCCAAAGAUAAACCGCUCACAUUUCCCAGUGCAUGUGGAUGGAGCCAGUCUCAGGACUCUGAGCAGCGUUGAAUUUGGGAGGCCUGAUCUAGCUGGAAGCUUUUAUAGCACAGCAACACAAGAGCAGUUCCCACCAAAAGAGGCGGUCCACCCCAAACCUCCGAUCUACCCACCUAGCCAUGUGCUGUUUGAGCAAGAGCAAGAUCGGAUGCUUACAACCAUGCAAAAAGAUUUUGUCCCCCUGAACUGUAGAAGACAGAAAAUGAGCCCUAGCCAGCUUCAGCAGGUUAAAGACAGUCAUAUAAGGCCCCGGCACAGCAAACAUGACUUCAGGACAAUCCACAAUGAAGCAUUUGUGCCCAAAUCCUACUGCAAGGCAUCCCUGGAAAAGCCACCUCUACAACACGUCAGCCAUAUGGCGUUUUGAGUUGAAAAACCUCCAAAUAACAUUAAAAAGAUCUUUACUCUUUACAAAUGUCCUUUUCCGACUGUAGGCCUUUGCAACGUUCAUGCAUUAUCAGCACAAUCCAAUUAUGAUUUAAUAUUUCUUGAUGGACUUGGUGACAAACACCUGAUAAUACACACAGACUUAAAAAAGGACAAGGACAUUUGUUAAUAGGGCAGACCUUUUUUGUUUCUGACUUUAAAAUAUUAAAAGCAUGCAGUUUCAAAGCAUCACUUGUGUAUGGAUAUCCUGUGAAAUUCAUGUCAUGUUGGAAGUCCAGAAUUUGGCACAUAACAUCAUUACCUCUAUAACUACAAAUGUGAUUGGUUCUUAUCAACAUAUAAGAGGCUUGAGGCGUGUUAUGACAACAGAACAUGGCCUACUUACAAUCAAAAGGGUGUGUGUGUGUGUAACUUCAAGGUUAAAUGGCAGUCUGGAGCGCAAGGUGUUAAUGACUAUAUGAAGUGUAUCAGAAGGCGACUAACUCACAGACUUCACAUGAUAUAAUAUAUGUGUGGUAUUUAAGCCAGAGCAUGUGCAAGGUAUCAUGGGACAGUGGCAGAGGUUUUCCAGGUGAACGUGCUGCUGUCUGUCACUGAAGAGUCUCCUUGCAGGUCUGUGUUUGUGUUGGGAAAGUGGCAUGAUCCUGUAAUCAGACGGUCUGUUGAGAUGAUGGUGUCACGUCUUACUCACAACAUCUACUCUUGUUACAAGUUGCAACUUUGAACUUCACGUUUUUUGGUGUUUAUGCAUACACAUUCAAGUUCCAUUACGUUAAUGGAAUUAGGAAUAUUGUCACUAUCAUGUAAAUGUUUAUGGUUGGUCCAGACUUUUGAUAUCAUAUUUUGAAAGUGCUUCUACGUUUGCAUGUUUCUAGUUUAAAAAAUGUUUUCAUUAUGAAUUUCAAUUCAAUUCAAGUUUAUUUGUAUAGCGCU